UGCCGACCGCCAUAUGAAGUUCAAAGAGGAAGAAGAAGAAGCCUGAAGGAGGAGAGAUUACUAGAAACGAACUCGGUUCACCCUUUUAUCUGUGGAUGAAUUGUUGGAGUAGAGGACCUUGUGCCUUUCAGCCAUGGACAUCAUAGAUCCCAUCUUGGGCAUAACGGAGAAGCUCUACUCUCUAUGUGGUGAAGUGAAAGCCAACAAGAAGCGAUGUCAGCGUUUGGGUAUGCGUGUAAAAGCCUUGCAAGAGCUGGUGAGGGCGAUAAAGGUGAAGGGGCUGGGGGAAUACCCUGCCCAUGUGGAGAACGGCCUGAGUGAGCUGAAAUUCACCUUAGAAUCUGCCCAGGAUGUAGUUAAGAAAUACGCCAGUGCCAGCUACCUGAAGCGCAUCCUGAAGGCCUACGACCAGGGAGAUGAUUUUGAGAGUUUGAAUGAGCGCUUGAACGAUGCAGCUCAGGUGCUCUCGCUUGCCCUGCAGGUGGACCAGAGACAAAAGCUACAGCAGGUGUUUCAAGAGGCGACACGAUGGAGAGAGGAUGAGGAAGACAGGGAGAUUGAUUGUCUGGAGCUGCAAAAAUUGCUACAGUCUCUGGCGGAGGGCACCAAGGAAAGAUUGGACACAAUGCAUGAGAAAAUGGACUCCACCGAAAAGGAUGUGAAAGACAUCAAAGCAAUGUUGGAAACCUUACAGAAGCCCAGCAUUUUAAUUCAAGACAUCAGAGAGAUUAAGCCAGAGGAGCUGACCUACGACAUGCCCAAAGAGCCCAUAUUAAAAAAUGACAACUCAGUGUUGUACAAAGGAGAGUAUAACAAAUUCACAGUAGCCAUCAAAAGAUACACCUACCCAAGGAGCACAAGCCCAAGUCAGGUGAGAAGCAUAUUCAAAAAGGAGGUGGAGACUAUGAAGCGCUUUGAGUCGCCAAACAUCCUGCGAAUGUUUGGGAUCUGUGUCCAGCAGGAGGGCGGUCCCAAUCCAAACUACCUUAUUGUGAUGGAGUUUUGUCAGAAGGGCAGUCUAAGAGAGGUGCUGGAUUCCCAAAGUAAGCUGCCCUGGGAAAGAAGGGCCCGCAUGAGUCUGGAUGCAGCACAAGGCCUUUACAGAUUACACCAGUCUGAGAAGAAGUUUCAAGUGCAUGGAUGCAUCAACAGCAGCAAGUUCCUAGUAGAUACCGGGUACAGAGUGAAGCUAGGAGGUUUGGAGCUUGCGAAAACAGAGACUUCGUUGAAGAAGUCUAAGGACCGGAAGAGCUGCUCCUUAUGCUACAGCUCCCCGGAGCAGCUUGAGAGUAUCAACCACCCCUACAACAAAGCCUGUGAGAUGUACAGUUUUGGCAUUGUCCUGUGGGAGAUUGCAACCCGCAAGAUUCCCUUCAGAGACUGCUUACCAGAAGAGGUGUUAAAGAGGGUGUGUAAAGACAAAUAUACUGAACCUCUUCCUGAAGACUCCCCAAAACAGUUGGGAGAACUGAUCAACGCCUGUCGCUCCUAUGACAGCUUCCACAGGCCAACGGCAGGAGUGUUGGUGGACAAGCUCCGCAAAGUGGUGGAGCAGUUAGAGGAGGACUAACAGAGUUUCAUCUCCAGAGUUCUCAGAAACAUGGCUGGAGAAGAGGAUAAACAAGAACAGUUAUCAGCUCCAGUUUAAAGACAUCAACUGACCGCCCCAAAUUCAUCAUGGGAUGAACAACACCACACCUACAGACAGUUGAUCAAGUGCCUGUGAUGUCAUUUAAGCCUAGUACAUUUUCACAUCAUUAGUCAGGAAUAACUUUGAUUGAAACUGUGAAAUGAUUUGCAAUUGAUUUGACAAAUUAUUAAAGCAACACCAUCAAAUGUUUGCUACUAUGGUACAAAGCUUUGAAAAUAAAAUAUUUAAUAAUGAA